UCUUGAUAAACAUUGCACCAAAGCGACUAACUAUACAAGUCAUAUCAUCAAAGUGGUCGGUCACAUGGAGCAAGAAACGGCUGCGUCAAAGUGGGAGGGAAAACAAGCCGUCCAAGUCAACAGGGUCACGGUGGAGCAAGCCUGGUCAGUCGUUUCAGACUUCUGCAAUGUUCACGAGUGGUUCCCAACUGUUGACACGUGUCACAGAGUGGAAGGAACCGAUGGUCAGACGGGUCUGGUCCGAUAUUGCGCCUCCAACAAAAUCAUAGACGAGGAAACCAAAUGGGUUAAAGAGCGUUUGGUCGAGAUCGAUCCAGUCGGGCGGUGUUUGAGCUACGAGGUCCUUGAGAAUAACGUGGGGUUCAGAUCUUACGUGGCGACGGUCAAAGUGUUGCCAGUGGACGGUGGAGAUGAAUCGGAUGGAAAAAUCUGUCGAAUCGAGUGGUCGUUUGUGUCCGAUCCUGUUGAUGGUUGGACGAAGGAAAACCUUGAAUCCUACGUGGGUUUUUGUCUUCAACAUAUGGCGGAUACAUUUGAUUUUCAUGAUAAAAAUAUGUCAAAAUCUCAUUGUUUUUUACAGUGUGAAAUCUAGUUGGUGUUUUCGUGUUAAAAAGGUGAA